AUGUUUUUCUCCUCUGGUUUUCCCUUUGAUUCUAUGGGUGGGCAACAAGCCCGUAGGAAAAGAGAAGUAAAUAAUUCAAAAUAUUACGAAGUUUUGAAUCUAAAAAAAAACUGCACCACGGAUGAAGUAAAAAAAGCAUACAGGAAGUUAGCAAUAAUACAUCACCCAGAUAAAGGUGGAGAUCCAGAGAAAUUUAAAGAAAUAUCAAGAGCAUAUGAAGUUUUAUCUGAUGAAGAAAAAAGGAAAUUAUAUGAUGAAUAUGGAGAAGAAGGAUUAGAAAAUGGAGAACAACCUGCCGAUGCAACUGAUCUAUUUGAUUUCAUAUUAAAUGCAGGAAAGGGAAAAAAAAAGAGAGGAGAAGAUAUUGUAAGUGAAGUAAAAGUAACCCUUGAGCAGCUAUAUAACGGUGCUACUAAAAAAUUAGCAAUUAGCAAAGAUGUUAUAUGUACAAAUUGUGAAGGUCAUGGAGGACCCAAAGAUGCAAAAGUCGACUGUAAGCAAUGUAAUGGAAGAGGUACAAAAACUUAUAUGAGAUAUCAUUCAAGUGUUUUACAUCAGACCGAAGUAACAUGUAAUGGCUGUAGAGGAAAAGGUAAAAUAUUUAAUGAAAAAGAUAAGUGCACAAAUUGUAAAGGAGGAUGUGUUUUAAAGACAAGAAAAAUUAUUGAAGUGUAUAUUCCAAAGGGUGCACCAAACAAACAUAAAAUUGUUUUCAAUGGUGAAGCAGAUGAAAAACCAAAUGUAAUAACAGGUAAUCUUGUUGUAAUAUUGAAUGAAAAACCACAUCAGCUAUUUAAAAGAGAAGGAGUAGAUUUAUUUAUUUCGCAUAAAAUCUCUUUAUACGAAUCACUAACAGGUUUUGUUGCAGAAAUUAAUCAUUUGGAUGAAAGAAAAAUAUUAGUUGAUUGCACAAAUACAGGAUUUGUAAGACAUGGAGACAUAAGAGAGAUAGCCGAGGAGGGAAUGCCAACAUAUAAAGACCCAUUCAAAAAAGGAAAUUUAUAUAUAACAUUCGAGGUUGAAUAUCCCAUGGAUUUAAUCAUAACAAAUGAAAAAAAAGAAAUAUUGAAAAUUCUAAAAAAACAAAAUGAAAAUGAAAAGAAAUACGAUUUAGAAAAUAGCGAAUGUGAAGUUGUUACAUCACAAUCUGUAGAUAAGGAAUAUUUGAAACAGAGACUCACCAAACAACAACAGGAAACUUAUGAUGAUGAAGAUCAUCAACCUGAGAUGGAAGGGCAGAGAGUGGCUUGCGCUCAGCAGUGA